CGAAGUGCGAUCACGUAGCGAUAGAGGGUCAACAGAGAUAAACUCUUGCGCCAGACAUGGUAGACUUUGUCCGCGUCCAGUCUUCCCUGCCCCGUCACCAAGGGGCAGUCCCCGUUUUACGUGCAGGAAGUCAAUUACCUGGUUACAAAGGCUACAUUCCACAGCUGAAGUACAGAUUUGGUGAUACAUAUGGAAAGACAACUCAUAAAAUUGCAAAGGAGAUUGAAGAGUCACAAUGGAACUCUUGUAUCAAGAAGUCACGUACGGACUUGACACCCUUUCACGCUUCUAUCCAACGUGAGAUGACACACCUGAAGGAGGACACUCAAGACAUUGUCAAAUCUCAACUCAUAACUGGAUACACAGGGUAUAUACCAAAAUUAUCAUUUAUAUACGGAGAUACUUAUCCAAAAGCGUCUGAGAUUUCCAUGAAUAAUUUCAAAACUGAACAAAAAGAAUUCAGACUCAAGAAGUCUCUUUUGGAGAAGCAAACCAGUUUUCAAUCUCCAUUGACGCCAAUUACUUCAGAAGAAUUGUUAAAAAAUAAACUUUGUGAAUUCCUUGGUAAUCGCUCAAAGGAAACUUUUGCAGCUUCGCGCCGUUCAUUGACAGAGGCCCACAUUCCUGGAUACACAGGUUACAUUCCAAAAAUCAAAGCCACUGACACAGGACUCGGCUGUCGCUACCAUUCCUCCAAUUCCAUUGCAUUAAAACAGUUCUGGAGCAGUCGAUUACCAAAGGAACAGAAUCUAGGAAUAUCAAACAAAAGUGACACAGGGAUAUACAGAAUUGAGGGUAUGAUUCCUCACUACACGGGGUAUCUACCACAAAGGCGAUACCGAUAUGGGAAUACCUAUGGUGACACCUGCCGUUCUUUAGAAGUGUGUUCUCGCCAGAAGAUAUGCUUUGAUCCCCACGGACAACAAAUACGACCUUUCUCAGUCAUUUUUUAAUAAAUACAGAGAAUCAUAAUAAAAAAGAGUAAUAAAUACAAAACUAUACAAAUUAAUAAUAACAAUCCUUUCUACUAUAGGCACAAGGCCUGAAAUUUUGGGGGAGGGAACCAAU